AUGAACGACGAGCUUCCCAAAUGGCUCGCCCGAGUCAAGGAUGCUUUCGCCGACGCCGAUGAUCUUCUGGAUGAGGUCAAAUUUAAAGCUCUCAAGAACCAGGUUAUGGGUAAGGUACGGAACUAUCUUACGAGCCAUAGUUCAAUUACUUUCUGCCUUUCAGUUGUUAGAAGGAUCAAGGAGAUGAGAGACAGGUUACAUUCAAUUGAUGGUCUGAAAAACAAUUUUAGGCUUUCUGAGAGGUCUUCGGAUCCGCGCAAUGUGCGUAUACAGAGGGAGACGAGCCAUUCUUUUGUUCGUAGAGUCGAUGUGAUAGGAAGAAGAAGGGAUGAAGAAGCCAUUGUUGAGAGGUUGAAUGAUGCUAGCGAACAUGUUUCUGUAAUUCCCAUUGUGGGAAUUGGGGGCUUGGGGAAGACAACAUUGGCAAGCUUAGUGUACAAUAAUGAGCCGGUUGAUAGGCAUUUUGAGCUGAAGAUGUGGGUCGGUGUUUCUCAGGAUUUUGAUAUGAAUGUGCUGAUGAGAAAGAUCAUUGCAUCUGCAACGACUUCGCCCUGUGCUGAGCUAGACAGUGAUCACUUGCAGCAUAGGCUUCGGGGUUGUUUGGCCGAUAAGAAAUUUUUACUCGUCUUGGAUGAUAUGUGGGACAUCGACCUUGUAAAAUGA